GUGAGUGUGUGAUGCGGGGCGUGCGGGCUUGACACGCCAUUUGACUGAUAAACAAAGGCAAACAAACACCAGCGGGAUAAUCCGUCCUUUUCCUCAGUUCGCUCUCCUGCUAAAGUGAGAGGAAGCUGAAACCGAUCGGCUUCCGUCCCCGUCUGGAUGCAGGACUUGUGUUUCGGUGUUUCAGCUCGGUUUGUUCCACGGUCAGGUUGUGGUUCAGAGUCCGGAGCUGCAGCUCGGUUAACGGUUGACGGGCUCGGUGCGGAGCCGCGGACCGGCACAGGCUGGUGUAAACACUCGGGACUUCUCUGUCAGAUCGUCAGGAGAAGUUGGGCUGUUGUACUUUUCUGCAGCAACACUUGGAGCCAGCAGUUUGGGAUUGAAAAGUGAAAUCUGAAAGUCGAUCGAAGGAGCCAAAGAAGAAGACGUUUGUGAGGAAACACAGAAAAAACAGCCAGAAUGGGGAGGAAAAAGAUUCAGAUAGCGCGGAUUAUGGAUGAGCGGAACAGACAUGUGACGUUCACCAAGCGCAAGUUUGGUCUGAUGAAGAAGGCGUAUGAGCUGAGCGUGUUGUGCGACUGCGAGAUCGCCCUCAUCAUCUUCAACAGCACCAACAAGCUGUUUCAGUACGCCAGCACCGACAUGGACAAAGUUCUGCUCAAAUACACCGAGUACAACGAGCCCCACGAGAGCCGGACCAACUCCGACAUCGUGGAUACGCUGCGUAAGAAAGGCUUAAACGGCUGCGACAGCCCCGACAUCGAGGCCGACGACUCUGCUGGCCAGAGCCCAGAGUCAGACGACAAAUACCGCAAAAUCAACGACGACAUCGACCUGAUGAUCAACAGACAGAGAGUCUGUGGUCUGCCUCCCGCCAACUACGACAUGGGAGUGUCCGUCCCAGGCAGCAACCCCGGCGGGCUGCUGUACUCGCAGUCGGGGUUGGGCUGCGGUCUCAGUAACCACAACCUGCUGCCCAUCACGCACUCACACCUGCAGAGAAACAGCAUGUCCCCUCAGCGGCCCUCCAGCACUGGAAAUGCAGGUCUGCUGGGCUCAGAGCUGCCGAACGUUGUGGUCUCCGCUGUGGGAAACGGUAGCUACGGUAACCACUGCACCUCCCCCGGGCUGCUGUCUCCAGGAGUGUCCAAGAGCCUGCAGGAGAAGAGUCCUCCUCCUCCUGCUCCGGGUCCCGGUCCAGCGGCGAGCCUGAGCCGGAAGCCCGACCUCCGCACGCUGAUGCCCCCCUCCAACAAGUGCAGCAACAUGGCAGCCAUGAACCAGAGAAUAAACCACUCUCAGAGCGCUCAGAGUCUGUCCACUCCUGCCGUGUCCAUCGCUGCUCAGACUCUACCUGGACAGGGGAUGGGCGGCUAUCCGUCCACGCUGUCCUCUUCUUACAGCACAGAGUUCUCCCUGGGCGCCGACCUGUCCGCCCUGUCAGGGUUUGGAGGUUCUGGUCUCGGCUCGGUGACCAGCUGGCAGCAGCAGCAGAUGCAGAAUCUGCAGCACUCGGCGCUGGGACACAUGGGGAACUUGUGUCAGAACUCGAACCUAAACCUGCCCUCCGCUCAUCAGCACCUCCACAUCAAGUCCGAGCCGGCCUCCCCUCCCAGAGACCGCAACAUCGGCAUGAUCGGCGCAGGGCUGGUAGGAGGCUUGACCGCAGCCGGAUACUCCGCCCCCGCCGCCGGCCGAGGUCCCGGCGAGCCGGGCCGCUCCCCCGCCGACAGCGCGUCCAGCUGCGGCAGCUCGUACGAAGGCAGCGAAGAGCGCGACGAUCCCCACGGGGGCGACAGCUUCCUCCUCCGGCCCCUGUCCAGUCAGGAGGAGCACCACAGCCCGUCAGUCAAACGGAUGAGGCUAUCAGAGGGCUGGGCGACAUGAUGGGAGGCGGCCUACAACAGAGGAGGGGAGGGGCUGUUAGCAAAGUUACCUUAUAGUGUUAUUAUUAUUAUUAUUAUUAUCAUAUUCUUCCUGUACUGAGUGGGUGUGUUAUAUGUGUAACAUGUACAUGGGGGGGCUGGGGGGGUCGGAUACAGUGAUGUCCUGCUGUAUUUACCACACGCGCUGUAGCUGGACAGCACAGUAUUUAUCAGUCAAAGUCCUUCACUGCAGCUGGUCAGUCAAAAGCGACUUCCUCCGACUCACAGCAAAGUCUAACCGAGCACGGCAUUAAUCACACGUACGCUCAGAGCAGCCAAUCAGAGACGAGGAUUUGCCCUACGUUACCUGAGCUUUACGCAUGAUUCAAGUUCUGUUCAGUUCAUUUUGAUUCGUGUGUGAAGUCACGAGUAGCAACUCGCACACGAAGAACAUCAGUCUGAUGUAUUUACACCCCAGUAAAUCUGCAGGCUAAAUGCAGUCUGUUUUUCAUAUUCUGACGACUUGUCACGACUCGUGAUGUUUUGUGCAACUCGCAUCAGAAGCUGUUUUUAUCCUGAAGCCUGCGAGUCGGAGUAAAACCGAAGUCUAAAAAGUUCCUUCAGUUUGGUAAAACGUCCAGGACAAACGUGUACUGAAGCAGCGGGCGAGUGUGUCGGUGUACAUGUACUGCGUGUUUUGUGUGUGUGUGUUUGGGGGGGGGGGGGGGGGGGUGUAAGUAAAUAACAAAUAUGUUACAUGCACAUCGACGUAUGUGCACAUGUAUGCAAACUAACUGAAAGGUAAAGUGAAGAAGAAGAAGUCUGGUACUCUGAACGCUGAAGCUACUGGUGAGUUUAAUAACACGUGGAUCGUCCGAGCUGAGCCGCGCCGCGCCGCGCCACGCCGCGCCGCGUCGCUCAGGCCGCCGUGUUGCAGGUUCAACAUAUUUGCGCACAUUAAAAUGUAUAGCACAUUUAACUAUGAUUGUAAGGAAGGUAAAGUGUGGCAAAACAACAAGCGAGCAUACAGAGAGAGCGAGAGGAAGUGGGAGGACGAGAAGCGUAGCUCAGGUGAGACGGGAAAGGUGACUGAGGAGGUUUUAAAGGAAGUUAAUUGCAACAGGUUGCAGAGCAAAGAAGCUUUGGACAAGUUUCACUUCACGCGAAGCUGCUUAUCAGAGUUAGUGAAUCAUUUUCAGAGCUGUUAGAAAAUUUAUUUCAGUGACUUCAACAGUAUGGAAGCAAAGAAGGCUGAAACGUGAAUGUUACUGAACAACUGAUAAGAACCACAACUGAGUAAAUUCACUUGAAUGUGUUUCUGUUCGGUCCAGCCAUUAUUAAAUAUGGAAAAGGUGCACAGAGGCAUUCACAUGCAUUUAACACAAAGACGUCAAGAAAUGUCUGAGCAGCAGAAAGUUUCAGCUGAAUUUGUAGCAUUUAAAUGUUUUAAUUUGAUCCGAUUUUAGGUUUUUAUCUGAAAAUGUGUCCAGAUUUUUAAAUUUAAAUUUUAAAUUCACACAAAAGGAUUUCAAAUUAGUGCAUUUCAAUGUAGUCCCACUACAUUUAAGUAGCCACUGAAUACUUAAGUAGUAGUCGCACCACUUAAGUAUUCAGUAUUGGUUCUGUUUAUAAUUUUAAAAAAUUGAAAAGGUCAUAUAUUCAGCCUUCAUUUGCUUCCAUACGAACAUCUGCAUUAUUUACCCCUGAAGACAAACAGAGCUGCUGUGGUUUGACGUAUCAGUGCACACUGAGAGUUGAAACGUUAGCAGAACUGCACUCCUAAAAGCCAUACGGGACAGCGAUGCUCGACUGCACCAACUGUAUACUGUUACGUUUUUCAAUUCUUUAUUAUGUCAGAUUGAUAUUCUGGGAUGUCUGCAGCUCUGUUUAAUAAGAUGAUAAAAAAGCAGAAAGAUGCACGACAUUUUCUAUUAAACGUUCAGGGAGAUUUUAAUUCAGUUGUGAGUUAAAUGAACACGAUUUACCUUUAAAGUUCAGCUGGUGUCAGACUCAGCGUUAAAUCACAGAGACAAUCUGUCAAACUGCAGUGCGUAAAUACUAACACAUACAGCGUUUACAGUGGCGGGAAAAGUACUCAUUUACUGAAGUGACGGCGCCAAUACGACAAAACACGCCACCAGGUCGCCAUGAUGGACGACUGAAGAAGCUGUGGACCUUUAAAGCUUAGAGUCUGAUCAGUAAGCUGUUAAAUAAACUUCCUGACGCAGAAGCAUCCCGCGUUUCCGCCUUGGCUUCAGUAAAUGGUUCCUCUGCUGUGCUGUGUGUGCGAGCUGCAGCUACAAGGCCAUCGUGGACAUUUUGAAUCAUCUGUGAUCACCUGACUGGGUCUGACACCCGCCACCAUAGGAGUCUGGACAGAGAAGGUGACUGGCUUGAACGGGUUUUUACUUUAGGGGAGCAGAGCGGUGGCUGAGGGUCGUUCACAUUUGAAUAUUUUUGGUUUAAAAACUGUAUAUUUGGAGCUCAGACCUUCAGCCACACUUGACCCUCUGUGUCUGUUUGUGCCCCGCUGACUAAACCUGAACCCCCCUGUAGCUGUUGUAGCAGAUUGGGCAGAGCCCAGAGGUGUUUUCUCCUGCACUCCUUUUCUUUUCUGAUGACCGUGUUUGUCUCCGGGUUGGUCGGCCUCCAGCUCAGAUCCCCUGCAUUGAGCCGGGAGCUGAGGGUCCUCGGGCUCCUCAGGUUCUUCAGGGUCCUCGGGGUCCUCAGGGUCCAGGUGGAGCGUAGACUAACCACAGUGUGAAGUAUUCUCCUUAUUUGUGUUUUUGGUUUGCUUCUUGACUUAGUAAUGCCUGGACUUUGUAACUCAAAGGCCCCGAUGAAAUUCUUUUAUUUGUGUUCGGCGACAUCAGCUGAACGUUUUCCCCGUCCUGCACUGAAGCUUCUGAUCACCGCCGGUGGAGUCUUUUGAGAGAUCGUUAGCGGCAUAAGCUGGCCUUUGUCGCCACUUGGAGACAGCGUUUCUCUGAAGGAAAACAAAGUGCACGUCUGCUGUGGCGGUCAGAGAUCAUCUCCAGCAGCUCCCUCACUCAGAGACGUGCUAGCAUUUGUAUUUUGCAGAAAAAUAAAUAAAAAUAUACAGGCUCUG